AUGUCUGAAAUUGAUUAACUAUUUAAUUUUGUAAUCUAACAAAAAUAGUUUCCAAUUCAAAACAACUUGGUAAAUAAACAAAAAAGGAAAAAAUCAUUAAGAAAAUUGUGUAUUAUCGUGAAUCCUUAUAUCAAAUAUCGUUUAUUCCACCAUCAAUCGUUGUAUCUAACAAUAUUAAAUAAAUUGGCUAAUACCAUUUUUCCAUAGCUGAAGUUGAGACAAAAAUCCUAUUCAAAACUUAAUUAAAAAUUAUGUUGAAAUCAUCAUAACUGUCUCCUACUUGAGCAUCUGUUAAAGUUAACAUCACUGAUUAGUACGAUUUUAUAGCAGCACAGCAAGGAUUAGCCUGUUCAGAAAAUGGCUUUCUAUUGAACUAAAAUAUUGAAACAGACUUUAAGAUUGUUUAUACUCCUGCUUCUACAACCCUUGAAAAAUAAAUUAGAAUCAUUGAAGAAAAUGAAUUGUAGUAAAUCAUUGAUUUAAACUUUCAUUUUACAUUAUGA